AUGGAAUCGUCAACAGAGGAAACUGAAAAAAUCACAAAUGCGGACAAUUCUGCAUCGUCAAAUGAAACUUCGAAAUUAUUAAACGAGACAAUCUCAAAAGUGCUCAACAAUGGUCCAACGUCAAAUGGACAGCAGCAACCAACUCCUAAUACUAAUUCCAAUGAACUCACAUGUACCUCCUCAACAGCCGCAACAUCAACAUCAAAACCAAUGCUUAUACGACAAGAUCGAACAUAUCUGGCAAGUCCGCAACUUUCAGUUACUGGAGCUCAUAUGGGUGGCUCCGAGGAGAGUGCAGACGACUACAGAAUUGAUGAACAAAAUCGAUCAGCACCAGAUAUGUUACAAAAUUAUAGUCAUCCUCUUUCACCAUAUCCACAAAUUUCCAUAUCAUCAGAAAAUUACAACGGUGAAGAUUCACAAAUUCUUUCGCCUUUACCGACUACAAGAUGUCGCACAUGUCGGCGUUCCUCAACCUCACCUACCUCAAUAAUUUAUUUAGAUCGUUCAACAUCAAAAGAUAGUAUUGUUCAUGGACAUUUAAGGCCACAUUUAUUGGUUCAUCAUCAUUCGACAACAAUUCCACCGGUUUAUGUGACAGGAGGAUCACCAUCGAAAUCAUCAAGAAUUAUAAGACAAAGUUCACAGCCAGAACCUAGUAUGUAUGGACAUUCUCUCGCACAUCAAACAACUUCACUUGGGCAACUAAAGAAUCCUGGGGAUAUGAUUGCUGGAAUCGCAGGAGAAGCACUGAAGAUGUCAGGAGGCAUGCGUCCAUUCAAAAAUCUCCGAAAGCCUCAGUCAACUCAGUCAAUUCCAUCGAUGAAAAGUGGAAAUCGUGACAACACCAAAGAUGUUGCAGGCAAUGAAGAGGCUGGUGUAGCGCUUGUCAAUGUUCAUUCGGAAUAUCCCAGGUACAUGGAGGAGCGAGGCUUAGGUGGCGGCGUGUACAAGAGUGUUUCGGGAUCACAAGAUAAAUCGAACGCCAAACAGAAACCAAAUGUCGGAUAUCGAUUGGGUAGACGAAAAGCAUUAUUUGAAAAGAGAAAGCGCAUCAGUGACUAUGCCCUCGUAAUGGGAAUGUUUGGAAUUAUUGUUAUGGUUAUAGAAAAUGAAUUAAGCAGUGCUGGUGUUUAUACGAAGGCAUCGUUCUACUCAACUGCAUUAAAAACGCUGAUAUCUGUAUCGACUGUGAUUUUACUUGGUCUUAUAGUUGCUUAUCAUGCUUUGGAAGUUCAGUUGUUUAUGACAGAUAAUUGUGCGGAUGAUUGGCGCAUUGCAAUGACGUGGCAACGUAUCGGUCAAAUAGGAUUAGAAUUACUAAUAUGUGCAAUACAUCCAAUACCCGGCGAAUAUUAUUUUCGUUGGGAGACAAAAUUAUCAAAUAAAAAUAAAGCUCCUGGCUUUGCUGAUGUGCCAUUUGAUGUGGUGCUGUCAUUGCCAAUGUUUCUUCGUUUGUACCUGAUUUGUCGUGUUAUGCUGCUACAUUCGAAACUAUUUACUGACGCCUCGUCGCGAAGUAUAGGUGCAUUAAAUCGAAUUAAUUUUAACACUAGAUUUGUUUUCAAAACACUAAUGACAAUAUGCCCUGGUACGGUACUAUUAGUAUUUAUGGUCUCACUUUGGAUAAUUGCAUCGUGGACAUUACGGCAAUGUGAAAGAUUUCACGAUGAAGAACAUGCAAAUUUAUUAAAUUCAAUGUGGCUAACAGCAAUCACUUUUUUAUGUGUCGGAUAUGGUGAUAUUGUGCCUAACACGUACUGUGGCCGUGGUAUCACGCUGACAUGCGGGAUGGUGGGCGCCGGUUGUACAGCAUUUCUCGUUGCAUUGCUAUCACGAAAAUUGGAAUUGACGAGAGCUGAGAAGCACGUUCACAAUUUUAUGAUGGAUACUCAACUUACAAAGCGGCUCAAAAAUGCUGCGGCGAAUGUAUUGCGAGAGACAUGGCUCAUAUACAAACAUACGAGGCUAGUGAAGCGCGUUAAUCCCGGCCGAGUACGAACACAUCAAAGAAAAUUUUUGCUUGCCAUUUAUGCAUUGCGGAAGGUAAAGAUGGAUCAACGUAAAUUAAUGGACAAUGCAAAUACAAUUACGGAUAUGGCAAAGACACAGAAUACUGUUUACGAAAUCGUAUCGGAUAUGGCAACACGACAAGAUGCCUUAGACGAGAGAAUAACUGGGCUUGAGGAUAAAAUACAACACAUACAGGACCAGCUAGAAACCCUUCCAGAAAUCCUUUCCCGCUGUCUAACGCAACAUCAAGAACGUGUCGAUCAAAGACGGAACUUUCUCCAUCCAGACACAGCAGCAACAUUAAACACAGCAUCAACAGGAGGACUGCCAGCACAAACAUCGACAAUAGGUUCGCCUUUAUUUCCACAUUCUAGGUAAGUGUAGUUGUUGCCACAAAAACAAAGAGAAACAGAAUCACAGAGAAAAAUUUGAAAAAAAAGUCUAAAAUUUUCCUUCUUUUUUGCAUCCAAAAAUAUUAAAAAUGCAAAAAUAAAAAAAUUUUAAAAAAAUGAAAUUUUUAACUUUAAUAAAGAAGAAAAUAAAAAUUAACGAGAUGAUUCAAUGAGAAACUACAC